AUGGCAAACCCAGAUGUCCACCACGCCGCAUUGAAUGCCACUUUCAAAGGCAUUCUGCGAGAGGAACAGGGUAAAAAGAUCCAUCAAUUUCUCGGAAUAAAAUACGCAAAUGUGCCUGCGAGAUUCGAGAAAGCGGAGCCGGUCGGUGGCUUCGAAGGUGCUAUUGUUGAUGCUACUAAAUAUGGUCCGAGGUGUCCUCAGGUGGAUGUGGAUGUUCGUCACUUACUUCGAAUCCCCGAGGACUUUCCAAUUGCUCCAGAAGCGGAGGAUGAAUUCGAAUGUUUGAAUCUUGAAAUCACAAGUCCGCCGGCGUCAUUGGCUACCGAGCCGCUUCCAGUUCUCGUUUGGAUUCACGUCACUUUCUGUUCGGCUGCUUCCAAAAUCUGCGACCCCAUUAAACUCGUGGCGGAUUCCGUCAAGGCUGGAAAGCCAAUGUUAUUUGUCUCUAUCAACUAUCGCUUGAAUAUCUUCAGUUUCGGCGAUGGCAAAGAGAAGAAUCUUGCGCUGAAGGAUCAGCGACUCGGAAUUGAAUGGGUGCGAAAGAACAUCGCAUCGUUCGGAGGUGACCCAAACAAUAUCACCUUGUCCGGUGAAAGUGCUGGGGCUAUCUAUACCCAUGCACACCUCAUCACGGGUCCGCCUGUGAAGCGAGCUGUGUUAGCAUCAGGUACUCUGUACCUCUCGUCGCCACUGCCGGUAGAGCGCGGCAACGGCCUUAUUCAAACACUGGAGGCGAAAGUGAAAGCACUAGGCCAGUCUUCACUUCGGACAUCUUCCGUCCCAGUUCUCAUCCAAGCGCUCAAAGAAUGCAACGUCAACACUAUGUGGAUUCAAGAAGAGCCCGACCUGGCAGAUUGGGAAAAGAAACCGGAACAGGUGGAAGAGCUUAUGAUUGGAGAUACUGAAUAUGAGUCGGUCAUCUGGCGCAACGGUAUUGAGGAGCUAGAGGGAGAAACCAUCGCUGCAGCAUUUGAGAACGACAAGGAAUGGGGCACAAAGCUUCGCAAGUUAUACCAUGUGGUAAGCGAUCGUCCAACCGCCGCAAAACUAGGCGCCCUGGAUAUUGUCAAUGACGCACGCUACACACUCCCCGUGGAGGUCAUCUCGAAGAAAUUGGAAGCUGCCAAUAAGCGUGUAUUCAAGUACGUGGUUGAUCAGGCCAACCCAUUUCAAGCUUCCAGUCGCGCCCAUCAUGCAGUAGAUCUACUGCUCCUGUUCGAUGGUGUGGAUCUGUCUUUUAACAUGGCCGCGGCCGCGGUCGGUCAAGAGAUGCGACAGCGUUGGACCAGCUUUGUUUCUGGACAGGCACCUUGGUCUGUGAAUAACCGAUUCGCUUUUGGGCCAGUCGGUGAGUGCAAGGAGAUCAACGAAGCUCAAUUCGCUGCCCGACGUCGGGUCGAGCAUUGUAAAGUGCUUCAGGAGGCUGGGGCCGGUGUGUACAUGCCCAUUCUGUUUGCGCUGACGGCUGGGCGCAUCAAUUUACUCAAUUAG